CUGAACUUCAACUGAGCUCAGAGGUAUUUAUUUUGGCUGAAAAACGGGGUUUUGAUAUUCCUUUUUGAAUAGAUUUUGUGGUGGUAGUCAGCACAAGUCCGUUUAUCACUGGUUUCUUCUUGAGUUAUUAGAGAGCCCAAUAUGUUAGAAUCUCUGGUUGUAGCUGAAAUCUUUGCUCAUAGAUAAGCAGCUGGGAUACUUUGGAUGCCUAGGCCAUCAACUAUAGAAGGGGAUGCUGUAUGUAUUUAGGUGUAGAGGUGGUACUUCUACCAGGAAACCACUGGUAUUUUCUACUGGCCACCAGUAUGGUAAAUUUUGAUAAAUGGUUGCAUAUAGUGCAUAUCUACUGUCAUAUUAUAGUCAUUCCUUUUGUAAUAUGUACCAUGCCUUAGAUUUUACCAUUUUCCACAUAGAAGAAGAAUCAUGGCAAUGCAGAUCAAGGCUGGUUAUCAUAACUGAUAUAAUUCAGAAAUGUCAUUAAUGUCAAUGCUCUUCAUAUUUAUCCCUGAUUUUUGCCCUUGAUUUAACCAGAUCAUAAACUGAAAUAUUACUUCUGACCUUUGGAAAGGGAGGAGGAUUAAACUGUUAAUUAAUAAACUAAUAAUGAGCAUGUUCAAAACAUGCCUGAACGUGUGUAUUUCUAUGUAUAGAUGUCAAACUGUGUAUGCCACAAUGUUACAUUGAAUGUCAGUGCUGCACAUUGAAAAGGCAGUGUUAACAUUAAAAUGCCUCCAGGGACAGGCAGUAGACACCAGAACAACAACUACAUUAAAGGACCACUAUAGUGCCAGGAAAACAUACUCGUUUUCCUGGCACUAUAGUGCCCUGAGGGUGCCCCCACCCUCAGGGUCCCACUCCCGCCCGGCUCUGGAAGGGGAAAAGGGGUAAAAACUUACCUUUUUCCAGCGCUGGGCGGGGAGCUCUCCUCCUCCGAUCCUCCUCUUCUCCUCCCAUGCGGCUGAAUGCGCACGCGCGGCGAAGAUGCAUUUUUUUCCCCCUCUAAAAAUAACAUCUUCACCUAUGUGCCUCUUAGCCAGCCCCUCUCCCCUCCCUGUCCAUUAGUGGUCCCCUCCCUUCCCUGUCCCUUGGUGUUUCUCCCCCUCCCUUUCCCUUGUUGCAUUCCCCAACCCCUUAGUGGUCACACUCUCCUUCCUGGUGUUGCCGAGCGGAGCAGAUCCUCUACAAGAGCUUCAGUUUUCUGUACCCACGUGGAAUGACAGGAAGUGCUCUCUUAGCACCUCCUGUCAGUCUGGCCGGGUACAGGAAACAGAAGCUCCUGUACCGAGCAGAGAGCUUAGAGCUCCCUCACCACAUCUGAUUAGAACACAGCCAGACCGGGUUCCAGAAGGUGGCCUGGCAGGAGGGAGCACUUCCCUCCUGCCAGUAACUGAAAUCUUGAGCCCCCAGAGCCGGUGUGCCCUAAGGCGGCCGCCUGAUCGACGCACUAGCCCUGAGAGUGGUGAGGCGUGGGAGGUGCGGGCAGACAGGAAGAUGAGCCUCACCGCCACAUUCAUUAUAGACUGCAGUGGGGCAAGUUGGAAACAUGUAAGACCACUGAGAAGCGGAUUGCAGUAGUCAAGGCGAGAGAGGACCGUAUUCCUAAUACUGUACUAUACCUGUCGCAAGUUAUUAGGGUUGGUUUUACCCUCGCUCCAUCCUGUGUGCAUUGUAAUGAAAAUAUUUUCCUUACCUUUUCUUUAGUGCUGUGUCUCCUUUGCCAGUCCAAUCCAAUGCUCCUAGAGGAGACUUUAGGAACUUGCGCAGCACUUACUACAAUCCACCAUUGAUUUAGUCAGAUUGCAAUGAUUCUCUAUGACGAGCAGUGACAGCACUGAUUGAGGGUUACUAUCUGACUGGCUGAUAAGCAAUCAGCUUCAGAUAGCACUUAUGUGAUAUUUGGUCUAUGAUUGUGGUCACAGGAUUGGUCAGAAAAUGUGCACGAGAAAUAUUUGCUGCACUGUCAUUGGCAGCAGUGUCCUGCAUGCUAUGAACUAAUGGUGUUGAAUGAAAUUUGUUCAGUGACCCAUCUGAUAAUUGAUUUAUAUGGCGAUUCUUUGUUUUCAGAUAAAAUGAACAAAAAUGUUUGCAUUAAUUUUGCCAUUCAUCUGAAAAUGAAUGCACAUUUCUAGUGUCUGGUUGAUACAAUUACAACUAAAACGUUUAAACGCAUAAUACAUUAUAUUUUAAGAAUUUUAUUUUUAUUACCUCUCCAAAUGUGUAUCUAUUUAAAUGUAUAAAGUACAAAUGUUUAUGUGUUUGUAGGUGAAACAUAGAAAUGCAACCCAGGGUAUUUAAAAUGGGGUAUGUCCUUUCUUUUUUGGUAGCUAGUUAGUCACAAACCCUAGCCACAGUUGGCAUUCAUAUUUGUUUUUUUUUUUGCAUUUUUACACAAAAACUGCACAUUCACUUAUGAUAGCAUCAUUGUGAUACAUUUUACUGUUAUAAAACGCUCAUAUUUGUGUUCAGCAUGUAAAAUAGUCCCACCCAUGUACAGGUUUUAUGGUACGCCCCCAACCCUUCCAUGCAUCUUAUAACCCCACCCACCCAGCUCCCCCAUGUGUCUUAUACCCCUACCAACCUAGCUCCUCCAUGUGUCUUAUUCCCUCAGCCCUUUCAUAUGUCUUAUACCCCCAUUUUAUCCCCCCUCAUGUAACUUCUGACUCCAUGUAGCUUAGCUGAGCGAUACUCUGUCUGACAGGAAGUGCUUGUUGCUUUCACUGAGAGCACUUCUUGUCGGAACAUAGUCUCGCUACAUGCAUUGACAGGCAGGAGGGGAGCGCUGUGUUGUUUGCUCCCUUCCUGCCUGUCACCAAGACAGAGCAUGCCUUGUGCUGGUGCAGCUGUACACCCGUCUUGAAGUUUUGCCGGUCGCAGGAAUCAAGUGCAGCCGAGCCAUCUGGAGUGACUGGCCCGGUCGCAGUUGCGACUGCGCUAAUUCUGCCACUACCCCAAUGAAAAAUUAAAUGCAUGCAUGUUUACAUUGUGGGUAUAUCUAAAAACGGCUUGCAUAUCUUUUGUCUGCAGCAUUUGCAAGCCCUUCCCUUCUUCCUCCGCCCAGACUUUCUGUGGCUUUCCAAUCAUAGACUUUCCAGUGCAACUCAAUGAAUAGUCUUUUCAAGGCAGGUGCUAUGCGCAAUCGCCUGGCUCUUGAGUUUAGUUUCACUGAGCUAAACACACCAGGAAGUAAUAAGAUUGGUUGACUUACAGCUGGGGGUUGAAAGGGUUUAUUUAUAAAAGUGCCUAUAGCUAUUGAAAUCUGUAGUUCUUGUAAAAUGAAACAAAGGACAUAAUCUUUAUUCACAAACUCAUAAUCUUUACUCAGCAAACUGAAAUGUUUUAGGUGUCUUCAGUGUUCUGUGACCAAGGCACUAGAAAGACCUCUUAUUUUUUUUUUUUUUUGUUCUAUUUCCUAGAUUAAUAUACAUUUUUUUUUUUUCUCCUAUUCUAGUGUUAAAUUGGCAAGAAUGUUUGCAUCACUAAAGUCACGUGAUGGUCACCGGGUGAUGGUGCUUGCCUGCACACUGUUUCUCCAUGUAAUGGUUUGUUGUCUCCUAGUCUACGCACUCAUUUUUGAAGCUGGUGACCUUAUUACUUCAGGCUGCAAGAAGAUCGGAUUUUAUAACUACUGUUUUCGAAAUGAAACUAGCACGUUAUGUUUCUGUAUCACUCAUCCACAGGAUCUACACAAGGCAGGUAUUGCAUUCCCAGAAGGAGUUAUCUUGGCACUUGUCUUGACAUACUCUUCCCUGGUGGUAUUCUUUAUUGGAUUUCUCACCUUGAUGCUUGCACAGUGUCUCAAUGAUGGUUCCCUGUGGAUGUUUGCAUUGGGAUGUAAUGCCAUCACCUUUACAUUACUCCUUUUGGGGCUGAUUCUGAAACUAUUAUUAAUAUGGACACUGCUUGAUCUUUCUCACCUAAGCAUGGGCUCCUUGGCUUUGAUGUUGGCUAUUGUUGGCCUGUGUGUGCUCUACUCCAUUAUGAGACAUUACAGUAAUUUGAUAAAAGAGCCCUCAACACCUGAAGACUGUGAUACAAGGGAAAGAAGUUCUUCUGACCUUACCUUUUGCAGCCCCCGGGCUUCAUAUUUAACCACUGUGUAACAGACUAUAUUCAGAAAUAUAAAUAAAAUGUGUUGGUGUGUACCUUGUGUUACCUUGUAUUAAGGAAAUGUUUACACAUAUAUUUGAUUUUAUAGAUUUCUAUAUGAAAUUAGAAUUUUUGUUCUGAAUUUACUAUUUAAAAAUAGACACUUCUGCUACUGAACAUUAAAUCACACUCUGCUGUGAAAAAAAAAAAAAGCACUUUAGACAUUUAUUCGCUGUCAUGGUUCUUAACCAUCCCUAUUUCAGACACUGUUGUACAAAACAAUCAGUGGUGAUUUUAAAACUGUAUUCUUAAUAGUUUUGAAACGUUUCGAUCAAAUAUUGCUAUAUUAUAAAUAAAAGAAUGUAUAUUUUUGAAAAAGA